AUGGUACUUUCAAGAAGAUAUCUCAGUGGUAGUAGACUUGUUAAAACUGCGAACAAUAAAUUCAAAUGCCCUGCUGAAGACUUGUUGUCUAAAGGAGAUUCACAUAAACUAGAGUCAUGCAGAGAACUUGAUAGACUUAUUAAUGAGUUAACACAUGCUGAAGAAGAAUAUUUGCCUUUAACUGAACAUGGAUUUUCCUUCUUGGCAGAAAAAGAAAAAGUAACAAUUACAAUUAAGAAUUUACGCAAAGAGGUUGCAAAUCUUAAGUCUGAGCUUAUUAAAAAUAAUAAUCAAAUCGCAUCAUUAAAUGAAAGGCAUAAAAAAAUACUUAAUGUUUAUGAAAUUUUAUUGAAGAAGCAUGCUAUUCUUAAUAAAGAUUACAUUUUAUUAGAGCAAGAAAAUCGGGAAUUGGAUAAACUGGCAAAAUUAUUUAAAGAAAUUGAAGAAUUAAGCAAAAAAAUCAGAAUGUUAUAUGAAGAAAUCGAAAAAUUAAAGAAAAAAAAUGAAUUGCUUUCUUGUUUGCUUACACCAAUGUCGAUUAUCGGAUACAAUUUUCAAAUAUAUGUUUUACAUCCCUUAUUAGAAUUGAACAUCUGA